GGUACCUGUGGCCCUGUGGCCCUGUGGCCCUCCCCUGUGGCCCUGUGGCCUUGGGGCCUUGCAGUUGCAGUUUGCAGUUGCAGGCUAGCCUCUCCUCUUGUCCAAUCCCCACACAAAGCUCGCCCAGGCCCAGGUGUCUGGGGCAUCCCAUCCUCAGGUGUUUCAGAUGUUCUGCGUCGUUCGAUUCUUGCAUGGCUUCUGCCCCCAAUCACUGUCUAUGGUCGCUUUUACGAGCCUCGCUGCAUUCCAGCACCUGUGGCCUUCUGACGCCCAGAGGCCUGUGGGGAUCUUUGUUAGCCUGGCUGGCAGUGGCAGUCGACUUGGCCACACGGGUUAAUUAUGGAUUCCUCCAAAGUCCAAAGUCCAAACAACCAAACCGAAAUUGUCUUUGCCUUGCGAUUGCGUGAACUCCCAUGUCCAUGUCCAACAGCAGGGGUCCAUCUCGAGUUUCGCUUCCCCAAGCACAUGCGCUCUGCCACCAUCGUCAUCCGGUGUGUGUCUGUCACUUCUCACAGCAAGAAAAGAGCAAGGUUGAUCAAACG